AUGGUUUUCAUAAAGCUAGCAACUUACAGCAAUUCGCAAUUUUUUUUAACCCGAGCCGGGGGAGAGUGUAACCAGUGUGUCUGUAGUGUUCGAUAUCGAUGUGACUCGUCGCGUAUUUGUGUAAAUGUAGUGCCAAGAGAUGUUCGUGGUUGUCGACGGAAAGCUACCUGGACGUCUCCCAGAACGACCAGUCCCACGCAGUGCGUUGUUGCCGCUAGCCACCACCAGAUAUCGUCGUGGAAAACAUCGCACGAGAGAUCAGCAGGGGGUGGCGAAAGAGGGCGAAAAGAGAGGAAAGUUGGCGGGUCUCGGAUCAGGGGGGGUUCAGGACGAAGUGGCCAGGAUUGCGCCACCAUUAAGUCCGGUGUUGUACGACGAAGGAGGCUGUCGUCAAUCGCAGCCGAAACCGAAGGCCAGUGUCCCGGAGUUGGACCAGCGGCCGCAGUGAACCUGACCGUGUCAGGAAGUGCCCGGAACCGUGCUACGUUCCGCGGACAGCGAAGAGCAGGAGCUGCUCGAGAUUUGGACAUCCCAGGACCUCUCGGGUUUAUCCCAAGUUUCCCCCGUGAAACCCCGUUGGUUUCUGCCCUGGCCUUGCCAUAUCCGGCCCGGCAGACCAACCCCGAAACCACCAACCGUCAAUCCGUUGGUCGGUGCGUCGCCAAGCCGCCACGUAACCUCCGUGUCCCAAACCCGGACAAUCCCGACGGAGGCGCUGCCUCGUCGAAGCCUGCAGCACCGUUACACGCUCAGGAAGGACACGGACGGCUGGCGAUAGGUCCGAGAAGCAGCAGCAGAAGUCGGAGGGUCCAUCCGACGACCGAGAAGCCACCCCGUUGGCGUACUGCAGGAGGAGCUCAACGGUCAUCCGGACGGAACAACGACGACCGCAGUGCAGAUCGGGGCCCCGCAGCAGAUCAUCGGUGCACAAGGAAGUAG